GGAUGUAGAAAUCCUCAAGAAACACAAACUCAUUUUCGUUUAACCCUAAAAAAACACAUCCGCCGAUGAAGAUUAUUGAAAGGUGAAAAUUUUCUACAUCAUGUCUUUGCCGGGAAAUCGGACCAGGGUGCUCUGCAAGUUCUUUGCUCAUGGAGCAUGCCUGAAAGGGGAGCAUUGUGAGUUCUCACAUGACUGGAAGGACCCGGCCAAUAACGUGUGCACCUUUUAUCAAAAAGGAGCUUGUGCAUAUGGUAGCCGUUGCAGAUAUGACCAUGUUAAGGUCUCUCAACGGCAAACUUCUGCAUCGUCAUCCGCAUAUCCUUACCAAUUUGCUGAUUCGGAAUCUGUUAAUGCAUCUUCGGCAUCUGCAACUGCAGUGCCAGGUGUGAUUGGGGAGCUUUCUGCUUCAAGUAGACCUUAUAUAUCUCCUGCAAAACCUGCAUGGGGUGAAGGUUCUGGGCAGGAUGAUUUGUUAAAUGAUGUUAUUGGGCAAUCAAGGAGUACUAAUCCCGCAGACAUUGUGAUGUGUUCAUUUGCUGCUGCUGGUAGUUGUCCUCGUGGAGAAAAUUGCCCUCAUGUCCAUGGGGAUUUAUGCCCUACAUGCAGAAAACAAUGCUUGCACCCCUUCAGACCAGAUGAGAGGGAGGAACAUAAAAAAAGUUGCGAGAAGAAGCAUAAGCAUCUUGAGGCGUUAAAACACAGUCAAGAAAUAGAAUGCAGUGUUUGCCUUGAACGUGUACUUUCAAAGCCAACAGCAGCUGAGCGGAAGUUUGGGUUGCUAUCAGAAUGUGAUCAUCCGUUUUGUAUAUCAUGCAUCAGGAAUUGGCGCAGUAGUUCCCCAACAUCUGGAAUGGAUGUGAAUUCUGCUUUAAGGUCCUGCCCCAUAUGUAGGAAACUUUCGUACUUCGUUAUUCCUAGUGUGAUUUGGUAUGCAACAAAAGAUGAGAAGCAGGAAAUUGUAGAUAGCUACAAAGCAAGACUCAGGUCUAUUGACUGCAGGCACUUUGACUUUGGAAAUGGGGCGUGCCCAUUUGGAACGAGUUGUUUUUACAAGCAUGCAUACCGUGAUGGUCGUCUAGAAGAAGUGGUUUUGCGUCAUCUUGGGGAUGAAGAUGGACAGACUGUAAUUGCUAAAGAUAUUAGGCUGUCAGACUUCCUCAACCGAAUGCGCAUAAGGUGAAAAAUGCUGUCUAACUUCCAGGGUCUCUCUCCCCCUCUCGUGGCAUUCUGGACGUGGAUUGCUUGCUAAAGGAAGUUUGCCAUACUAUUUUCCUGUUUCACCCUUUUGUUACUAAAGAACAGAGAUUUCAACCAACACUACAGUUAGACUUGUCUGUUUAUAUUUUUGAAAAACUAUUCUUUUCUCUUGUCAAAUUCCUUUUAUUGGCAAUAUAAUAAUUUUUGCUAAAAGUAAUUUGAACAUAGGCCAACAUGGCGUCCACGAAUGCUAACUAAAUUCGAUUGAUUGUAGUUUAAGCAUUUACUUGCUUGCAUAAAAUUAUGGGAGAUUGUAUGAGAAAACAAGUACCUUCCAUAAGGACAGUGGCAGAACAUGGUCAUCGUAAUUGGGGGUGCCAAGAAAUAGCAUUAUAACUAAAAGUAAGAAUGCGAAAAGGUUCACAUAGGUAAGUCUCAAACAUGAAACAUUCCCAUUAUUAGCAUUAUUCCCGAACCAACUGAGCUAAGAGGCCAAGAUGUCAUAUUACGCUU